AUGUGGUGUUGGGACAGGAAGCAGAGGGAGUCCUGGUGGUCUCAGCCUUAUCAGCCGAACGCCUGCAUACACACCUUGAGCACUGUAGAGGAAGAGGAAGACAUGAUGGCCAUCGAUGACAAAUGUGUAGAAGCAGACGAGGAGGCAUUUGAAUCUGAAGAGCUCAGAGAAGAGGAGGAUGAUUUCAGCAGCAGCACUGACUUAGUGGGCUUCAGGCGUAGCAUGCGUCUGUGUCGGAGGCGGAGUCACAGCACCGCCCAGCCGUCCUGCCCCCCCCGCUGCCCCAACAGCUGCUGCAGCGCCAUCGGCAGCCCGUACGAGGAGGUGGUGCGCUACCAACGCCACCCGCAGGACGCACACCGCCUCAUCACACUCUUAGGUACAAUAUAAAGGUUUAGUGUGGCACUUUUCUGCAUUCAAAUGUCUU